AUGCAUCGUACAAGCCACUAUGAAUAUAGUGACACAAGUUGCGUACAAAGUCAGUCAGUUAGAAAAGAGGAUGUAGUGUUAGCAGCUAGAAUAGAAAACACCAAGCCAAAGUAUACACACACGGAGGCUUGUGGAAGUCUAUCGAACGUGCAAGGAAAUCAAGAGACUAGUAGAACUCAAAUAGUACAACCAAGAAGUUAUGCCAGUAUUGUAGGUGGAAAGACAGUAAGUACAACCAAAGAAUCAAUAAGUAAAGUGGCAGAAUCAUGGACGACUCCACCAGAAAAUCGGAAACUCGAGUCAAUCAUAAGAGUGGAAAAAACAGAAAAUCCUAGGGUGGUCCUAAGUAGACUUAAACAAGAGUUGACGCAAAAGGAUACUGAAGGAGGCUUCAAAAAUAUUAGGCAAUUACAGAAACUGAUAAAUAUAUUGAAAGAUAAAAAAGACAUAACAAUCAAAUGGUCACAGGAAUUGAAAAAGGAUACGAGGCAAAAUAAUUCGUAG